AACGGAGAACUUAUCCCGAACGAGAUCUUGAAGUCCUUUCGCCUUUAUAGCUGCCCUCCUCCAUCCUUCAUUUCACUGAUUGCAUUCUCCUUCAAUCAUCUAUCAUGUCGUACUACUCUCAUCAAGGACAGACCUACCCGUACAGUGGAUAUCACCACGCGACUACAUCUGCAUACCCAGGUCAUCCACAAACACCGGGAGCUUACCCAGCAACAGCGUACCAAACACCAUAUCCUACGACCAGCGUACAGGGAUAUGGUGCAACGUGGCCAUAUCCGUAUAGCUACUAUCCUCAGGCUACGCAACAGCAACAACAGCAGCAGCAAGCUGCAGCUGUUCCAAGACCUGUAUCUACUCCUACUGCCGGUGCACCACCUACCGCCGCACCUACGCCUGUACCAGUACCCCAGCGCGUGCAGGCUCCCCCCACGGCCUAUGCCUAUGUUCCUCGGGAAUCAGUAGCUGCUGCUGGUACCGGUGGUGCAACGAGGCGGCAGAAGCAGGCUACAUACAGGGGACUAUUCACGAAAGAGCUGCGCAACCUCAUGUAUGGCUUUGGAGAUGACCGAAACCCAGCAAAUGAUACAGUGAAUGUCCUAGAGGAGAUUCUCGUGGAGUAUAUUGUCGAUGUCGUAAGUCUUUUCGCCAUCACUUUGUCCCUAUCUUCGCUUACCGAGCAUUUAUCGGUGGUUCUUCAUCAGUGUCAGACUGCCCUCGCUCCUGGCAAGAAAUCUCGAUUGUCAAUUGAAGACCUACGCAGAGCGCUUUCACGUCCAGCAGACGCGAAAAAACUUGCACGUAUGGAAGAGCUACUCUUCAUGCAGGAAGAUAUCAAGCGCGCUCGUGCGCAAUUCGAAGAGUCGGAUAUGAACCAGGCGGGUUCAUACCAGCAGUAGUAGCCAUGAUACCCCCGUACAUGAUAUACUUCCCUCGGACCUUACGACAGACCUGUAUCAAUUAUUGUAACAUAUAUUGUAUAACGAUGCAUACUGUAGCUUAUUGUUACAGAGCUGUACGAGAAUGAUAAUUGAAAGUGUCGCUGAAUUACUACUCUUCCAUCGCUUCGCCUUUGUCAGCGUCCUCUGCAUUUUCAUCCUCG